AUGGAGCUCCGGUGGUUUUUUGGACCAGGUGAUCUGGAGCUCCGCGACAGCAAACUCGUCAUUGGCGCGGCACAGGACGCCCACAUCCAAAAAAUUGGCCCUCCGCACGCACUGGUUGGUCGUCAUCAAGGAACCCUCGGCCUUGAUCCGGGCUCGGACCUCUUCCUCGGUGCCACCGAGGGUGGGGAGAAGCCUGAGCGACGGCGGGGACGAGCCACCCCCACCGGCCCUGUAGAGGAAGAAGUCAAUUAUCCUGCACUUAUAGAUCAUACUGUGCUGAUCGGGACGGGGCACAUCGAUGACAUAAGACAUCUGGAGGAGCAAGGCGUCGCGGUGAGCGGCGACGACGUGGAAGUCGUCGAAGACCGACGCGCCGCCUUCUACCCGCAGGAGUAUGCGGGACACUCGCGGCGGAGCGUGGAGCUGGAAGACCGUUCUUAUGCAGCUGCUGUCCUUGAUCCAAACACACAUUAUGUGGUCAAUCUGAGCAAUAUUCCGGAAUUCGCUUCUGCACUAACAGUUGCGAUAGAGAAGAUAGCUGACCCUGAUAGUGCUGCUUUGGCCAUUUAUGAAAUCAGCGCUUUUAGGGAACGUCGUGGAAGGUUUGGUCAACGGGUCGCACACAUUUCAGCAGAAAAAAUGUCACCAACCGAGUGGUGGUUUCAGUUUGGAGGGGACGUUCCCAAUCUGCAGAAGUAUGCCUUGAGAAUUGUUUCCCAAUGUGUGUCGUCAAGUGGAUGUGAAAGGAACUGGAGCGCUUGGGCCUUGGUCCACACGAAACAAAGGAAUCGUCUAUUAUAUGGCAAGCUGCACAAGUUUGUAUCCGUUCGCCACAACUUGAAGAUACGUGCUGAAGAAGACAAGGACCGGGUGAGAGAGAAUGAUAAAUAUAAGGAGGUUGAUCCAUGUGCAAUGAUGAUGAAUACAACCAUGUUUGAUGAGGCUAAUCCAAUGAUGGAGUGGUUGAAUGAGGAUGAGGAACAUGUAAUCUUGGAUGGAUCUGAUGCUGCUAGCGCCGUGUUCGAGGAAAUACGUCGCCUUAACUCAAGCAAGAAAUCCUCUCAUCUUGGAAGGAAGGGCAAUGGAACGAAAAGGAAGAGAGUAUUGGAAGAAGAUGAGGAUGACUACAUUGAUUGUGAUGAUGAUGAAGAAGAAGAUGACUACAUAGACAUUGAUGAUGAGGAUGAAUGCGGAGAUGAUAGCGCAAGUGAAGCUGAUGGAGAAGAUUCAACUACCCGAGUUGAAAAAGAUCAACCAAGCCAAGAUGGAAACGAGGUUGAGGAAAGAAAUGAUGGAGGUUUGCUGAACUGCCGUAGGUCUCGACCAGGAAAGCAAAGCACGAAGCUGAAGGACUUGACGAGCCUUUACAAUUGACAGAAGCAUUUGGAGCAUCGUAUGGGGUCGCAAGGUUGCUGUCCAGUGAAGAAAUGACACAAGAAUGGAAGAAGGAAGCUUCUGGUUGCAUUUUGUGGUGUAUGAGAACUCUGAAUGUUAUUUUGUGGGAUGCAUGAAAUGUUGUCCAGGACUAGUUGUGGACAAUUCAUUUGGAUGGAUGCUCUUUUGCUGUGAUCUUGGAUGUAGUUAAACUAUGCUACGGAUUGGCCUGGAUGUAGAACCUAAGUUAUGAUUGGUAGACUAUAAUCUUUA